AUGUCUCUUGGCGCAGGCGGCGAAACCGCCAGGAUUAACCAGAUGAGAAGAGACUCCACCGUGUUGGGGCCUAUGAACAAGAUCUUGGUGGCAAACAGAGGUGAGAUCCCCAUCCGUAUCUUCAGAACUGCCCACGAGUUGUCGAUGCAGACAGUGGCGAUCUACUCGCACGAGGACAGGUUGUCGAUGCACAGAUUGAAGGCCGAUGAGUCGUAUGUGAUUGGCAAGAAGGGCCAGUUUUCACCCGUCCAAGCCUACCUCCAGAUCGACGAGAUCAUCAAGAUCGCGAAGGCCCACAACGUCAACAUGAUCCAUCCAGGCUACGGCUUCUUGUCGGAAAACUCGGAGUUCGCCAGAAAAGUCGAGGAAAACGGCAUUGCCUGGAUCGGACCCACCCACACCACCAUCGAUGCCGUGGGUGACAAAGUCAGUGCCAGAACCUUGGCCAUUGAGAACAACGUGCCAGUGGUCCCAGGUACCACUGGGCCCAUUGACUCCGUCGAGGAAGCAACCAAGUUCGUGGAGAAGUACGGGUACCCCGUGAUCAUCAAGGCUGCGUUUGGUGGAGGAGGUAGAGGUAUGAGAGUGGUCCGCGAGGGCGACGACAUCGCCGAUGCCUUCAACAGAGCCACAUCCGAGGCCAAGACGGCCUUUGGUAACGGAACCUGUUUUAUCGAGCGGUUUUUGGACAAGCCAAAGCAUAUCGAAGUCCAAUUGUUGGCUGACAGCUACGGCAACGUGAUCCACUUGUUCGAAAGAGACUGCUCGGUGCAGAGAAGACACCAGAAGGUGGUGGAGAUCGCUCCUGCCAAGAACUUGCCCAAGAACGUCAGAGACGCCAUUUUGACAGACGCUGUCAAGUUGGCCAGAUCUGCCAACUACAGAAACGCAGGAACAGCUGAAUUCUUGGUCGACGAGCAGAACAGACACUACUUCAUUGAAAUCAACCCUAGAAUCCAGGUCGAGCACACCAUCACCGAGGAAAUCACAGGAGUGGAUAUCGUGGCUGCCCAGAUCCAAAUCGCAGCUGGGGCUUCCCUCCAGCAGUUAGGCUUGUUGCAGGACAAGAUCACCACCAGAGGUUUUGCAAUCCAGUGCAGAAUCACCACAGAAGACCCUGCCAAGAGCUUCCAACCCGAUACCGGCAAAAUCGAAGUCUACAGAUCGGCUGGUGGUAACGGAGUGAGAUUGGACGGUGGGAAUGGGUUUGCUGGUUCGAUCAUUUCUCCCCACUACGACUCAAUGUUGGUCAAGUGCUCUUGCUCUGGAUCCACCUACGAGAUCGCCAGAAGAAAGAUGUUGCGUGCAUUGAUCGAGUUCAGAAUCAGAGGAGUUAAGACCAAUAUUCCUUUCUUGUUGGCACUUUUGACGGACGAGACCUUCAUUAAUGGCAACUGCUGGACCACAUUCAUCGACGACACUCCCUCGCUUUUCCAGAUGAUCAGCUCCCAGAACAGAGCCACCAAGAUGUUGAGUUACUUGGCGGAUCUCGUGGUCAACGGCUCUUCUAUCAAGGGCCAAGUUGGUGAACCAAAAUUGACCGAGGAGGCCUUGAUCCCUACCAUCCACGAUCCCGCAACUGGCAUUCCUAUCGACGUCGACACCACUCCUGCUCCAAGAGGUUGGAGACAGGUGUUGUUGGAAGAAGGCCCUGUUGAGUUCGCCAAGAAGGUCAGAGCCUUCAACGGGACGUUGCUCACUGACACCACCUGGAGAGAUGCCCACCAGUCGUUGUUGGCCACCAGAGUCAGAACCAUCGACUUGGUCAAUAUUGCUCCCACCACUGCCCACGCCUUGAACGGCCUUUUCUCGUUGGAAUGUUGGGGAGGUGCUACCUUCGAUGUGGCCAUGAGAUUCUUGUACGAAGACCCAUGGGCCAGAUUGAGACAGUUGAGAAAGUUGGUUCCAAAUAUUCCCUUCCAAAUGUUGUUGAGAGGUGCCAACGGUGUGGCCUACUCAUCAUUGCCUGACAAUGCCAUUGACCAGUUCGUCAAGCAAGCCAAGGACAACGGAGUUGAUAUUUUCAGAGUGUUCGAUGCUUUGAACGACUUGGACCAGUUGAAGGUAGGUGUGGAUGCGGUCAAGAAGGCUGGCGGUGUUGUUGAAGCCACCGUCUGUUACUCGGGUGAUAUGUUGAGACCAGGCAAGAAGUACAACUUAGAAUACUACUUGAAGGUCGUAGAUGAUAUCGUCAACAUGGGCACCCAUUUCCUUGGUAUCAAGGAUAUGGCAGGUACCUUGAAGCCCAAGGCUGCGAAGAUCUUGAUCAGCAGGAUCAGAGCCAAGUACCCAGACUUGCCAAUUCACGUCCACACACACGAUUCGGCUGGUACUGGUGUGGCUUCCAUGACGGAAGCUGCUAAGGCUGGUGCCGAUGUGGUUGAUGCCGCAUCAAACUCGAUGUCUGGUAUGACCUCCCAGCCAUCUAUCAGUGCCAUCUUGGCAUCCUUAGAAAGCGAGAUUGAAACUGGGUUGGAGGAGUCCUUGGUCAGAGAAUUGGACAACUACUGGGCCCAAAUGAGAUUGCUUUACUCCUGUUUCGAAGCUGAUCUCAAGGGUCCUGAUCCAGAAGUGUACCAGCACGAGAUUCCUGGUGGCCAGUUGACCAACUUGAUUUUCCAAGCCCAACAAUUGGGAUUGGGUUCCAGAUGGGUUCAAACCAAGGAGACCUACAAGAUUGCUAACCAGCUUUUGGGAGACUUGGUCAAGGUUACCCCAACCUCUAAGGUUGUCGGAGACUUGGCCCAGUUCAUGGUUUCCAACAACUUGACCGCAGAAGACGUCCACAAGUUGGCAGCGGAAUUGGAUUUCCCAGACUCCGUUUUGGAUUUCAUGGAGGGAUUGAUGGGCACUCCAUACGGUGGAUUCCCUGAACCUUUGAGAUCCAACAUGUUGGGCAACAAGAGAAUCAAGUUGAACUCCAGACCUGGUUUGACCUUGCCUCCAGUUGAUUUCGAGGCCAUCAAGCAAGACUUGACUUCCAGAUUCGGAUCUAACAUCGGCGAGACGGACAUUGCCUCCUACAUUAUGUAUCCAAAGGUUUACGAGGACUUCAGAAAGUUGAUCGACAAAUACGGUGACUUGUCCGUGUUGCCAACCAGAUUCUUCCUCAAGCCAUGCAAGAUCGGACAAGAAUUAUCCGUGGACAUCGAACAAGGUAAGACUUUGAUCAUCAAGUUAUUGGCAGUGGGAGAAAUCUCCCAACUGACUGGUACCAGGGAAGUGUUCUUCGAGUUGAACGGUGAAAUGAGAUCUGUCACUGUUGACGACAAGACUGUUUCUGUUGAGACCAAGACCAGACCAAAGGCCUCUCAACCAAACGAGGUUGGUGCUCCAAUGGCUGGUGUUGUCAUAGAAGUCAGAUCCCAGGAGAACUCGGAGGUCAAGAAGGGUGACCCCAUUGCCGUGUUGUCCGCCAUGAAGAUGGAAAUGGUGAUUAGUGCUCCAGUUUCUGGUGUGGUUGGUCCUGUUUUGAUCAAGGAAGGUGAUUCGGUCGAUGCUAACGAUUUGAUUACUAGCAUCCUCAAAUAA